CCUCUGAUCACCAACAAAUAAAGAAAGUAAAAUUAAAAAAACAAGUACAGGCGUCGGCGGAAAAAUGGGUAGAGUUCCCAUAAACCACCGGAUUCUGACUUGCAACGGCCGGGAGACGGAGUUCUCCGGCGAACCGGCGAUAAACUUAUCCGACGACACCGUUUUCCAGUUCCUCAGUGAAGAAUGUGAGGGGUUGUCGCCGGCGAGUAGCAUCGAUGAUAACGAAGAUGAUGAAGAGAAGGAAAACCAGAAUGAAAACGAAAACGGAGGCUCUGAAGACGGCAAAUUCUGGGAAACUCAACAUCAGUUGUUGCAAUCGAUAAUAUGCAGAACAACCUCUCUAGAGUCAAGAAUCAGAAGUAUCACUAAGGAAGCAGUGAACGAAGCACAAGAAUCCGGCAACGUGUGCGCCUGCGGUAGACCAUUUGACGACGACAAUGGUUGCCGGAAAUGUCUAAUGCAGGUGGUUUGCCGACGUCUCCAGAAUUCAGGCUUUAAUACUGCAAUUUGCAAGUCCAAGUGGAGGAGUUCACCCGAUAUUCCCUCAGGGGAACACACGUUUUUGGAUGUAGUGGACAACUCAAAUCCCAAGAAAGGAGAAGUGCGAGUAAUAAUUGAGUUGAAUUUUCGGGCCGAAUUCGAGAUGGCCCGAGCCAACGAAGAGUACAACAAGCUGGUCAAGAGGCUGCCAGAAAUAUUCGUGGGGAAAAUCGAAAGACUGUUGAGCUUAUUAAAGAUUGUGUGCGCAGCCGCGAAGAAGUGCAUGAAGGAGAAAAAAAUGCACAUGGGCCCGUGGAGAAAGCACCGGUACAUGCAAGCUAAGUGGCUUAGGACUUGUGAGCGGUCGGCUGCCGCUCCGCCGUUGUCGUCAGAGCACUCGGGCCCCCCAGCUCGGCCAAGAAGAUCCAUGCUCACCCUUGACAUGAUGGAAAAGGAAAACUUCUCCAGUUUGCAUAGACCUGCGGUUGAAGUGGUGUAAAUUUGGAGAUUUUUGAGUUUUCCUUUAUUAUUAUUUUCUUUUUCGUUUUCCUGUGUUGGCCUUUGAUAAGGUUGUAGUUGAAGAGAAAGUGAGAGAUCCAUGUUUUUGGCAAGAAAAUAUGCGAGCUUCAAGUUUUGCGAUACCAUUACAUCAAGAAUGGAAGAAAAAUAUAAAUUGGUUGAGAA